GUGUGCCCUUGAGGCGAGCGGUAGCGGCGCGGGGCUCUCUCCUCUGGUUCUGCGCUGAGACCCCGCUGCUGCUGCCACCGCCACGGCUGCCGCCACCGCCACAGCUGCCGCCGCCGCUGUCGCGGUCGUCCCUGCCCUUCCUGGCUUCGGGGUGCUCCCCGCACGCCACAGGCCCAUUGGUGACCCUGACCCCUGCCCUCCCCACUCCCCAUGCAUCAGGCUUCUGCUGGUGUCCCUGGAGCAUGGGAAGCUGCUGAGCUUGACCAGUGGUGUCUGGCAGGAGCUGCGUGUCUCACCCUGUGGCAGGGAGGGCAUCCAUGGCUGCAGCCAACAAAGGCAAUAAGCCCAGAGUCCGGAGUAUCCGCUUUGCGACAGGCCAUGAUGCAGAAGGCUCCCAGAGCCAUGUCCACUUUGAUGAGAAGCUGCAUGACUCUGUGGUCAUGGUCACCCAAGAGAGCGACAGCAGCUUUCUGGUCAAGGUUGGCUUCCUGAAGAUCCUGCACAGGUAUGAGAUUACCUUCACUCUGCCCCCAGUGCGCAGGCUGAGCAAGGAGGUCCGAGAGGCACCUGUCCCCAGCCUGCACCUCAAGCUCCUCAGCGUCAUGCCCAUCCCAGAAGGUUACAGCAUCAAGUGUGAGUACUCAGCGCACAAGGAGGGCGUCCUCAAGGAGGAGAUGCUGCUAGCCUGCGAAGGUGGCACCGGCACCUGCGUGCGCGUGAUGGUGCAGGCGCGCGUCAUGGACCGACACCACGGCACACCCAUGCUGCUAGAUGGUGUCAAGUGCGUGGGUGCUGAGCUAGAAUACGACUCAGAGCACAGUGACUGGCACGGCUUCGACUGAGGCCCUCGCCCCCACCUGCCUCGGGGCCUCUCAGCCUUAAACCCCACCUCGUCUCCUCAAAUGCUGCGUGAUGGUGUGGCUUCCUCACCCUUCCCAGGGAUGGGCAUGGAGGUGGAGGGUCCAAGGGCCUCCAAGCUGGAGCCUCGCCCACACCUCUCACCUCAUUUGUGCCACCUCCCUGCCUCUCCAGCAUCCUCCUCUCCCACUUCCUCCUCUCUGUGUGCCUCAGUCUCCUGCUGGAAGAAAUGGGCUGAGCCCCCAAGGAGGCUCUCUGAGGAGGGAUGGAGAGGGCCUGGGGUGGGUUCUACCCACCCCCCUACCCCAAGCCAUAGGGGCUGUAGCCAGGGCCUAGGAGAGGAGGGAGCUGGCUCUGUGGUGUAGCUGCCCCCAUUACUGCUGCUGUCGUCUUGCUUUAGCCAUCUCUCCUGUCCCCUCCCUCUUUCCCACUGCCGUCCAUGGUGAGGAGGAGGGAGGUGCAGUUCCCAAUCCCUACCCCCCCAGGUCUGUGUUUCUUGGUUUUUAAACAACUGGUUGGGAUAAAACCCUAAAGAAAUAAAACUUCCAGUGGAUACCAGAGGCCAGCAGGAUUUUUGUUCUCCAGGGCCCUGAGAAUGCCCAAUCCUUUACAGAAGGGCCAAGGAACGGUUUUGGCUCAACUCAUUCUUUUUGGAGGCAAGGUCACUUUGUGGUAUUACAGCACCUGGCCCCAAAAGAAGUAUGCACAGGGGGUGACAUUUUAGGCCUGGGAAUAGUUGCCAAGACAGAGUUUGGAUGGGGAGGGGCCUUCUGCCCAGGUCAGAGAGAGGUCUUGUGGAAUGGGGCGUUCAGUUUGGGAGGCUUGACCCAGAGACAGCAGCACCCCCUUCUGGUCAGUUCCCAGCCCCAGGCACAGCUGAAAACCUCCCUUUGCAGAUCCCAGCCCCUCUCCACUACUCCACUAUUAGGGUCCCCUCUUGUGAGGUACCAGGAGGCUAUAGCUUCACCUUGAGCAUAAAUGCUUUAUUGUCACCUUAGGGUUCUCAGGCAGGUGGAGCUGUUGCACAUCAUGGGAGGGCAGGUACACUGAGUUGAUGGCAGAGCUGCGACCAGUGCUCCCUGUGUCCUCCCUACCCUCCCCCCACUCCGUGGCUCGAUGGAGUGCAAGUGGGUCAUUCAUAGGCUGCCCCUGGGGCCUUCUCAGAUAGAAAGGAAAGGCCCCCCCCGACAUGUGCCCCCACAUCCCCUUCAUAAGUGCCUCGCCCUGUACCCUUCUCAUAGUCUGCUACUGCUCUUUCUACAAUUAACAUUCAUACUUGGGUGGUCAGUACCACACCCAGGAAGGUCUUACUACCCCUGUCCCUUUCCUGUCAGUUUCCAGUCCUUGUCCUGUCUGGCUCCCUAAACAGGCUGAGCCAGUCAGUCAGUGCACUCCGCCCUUCAGGCCCAGGCCCUGCACAACCUCCUUCCUCUUGCUGCCCCACCUGCAGCUGCACCCCCACCCCCCCCACUCCCAUCCCGGACCCCAGUUCAGACCAGGGCUCAAGUCUUCCGGUGCAUUCUGCUUUCAGGAUCAUGUGCUCCCUGUGGGCACGCCGUCUUGCAAACCUCUUUUAAGUCUCCUUGACCUCAGUCCUUGGCAGGGCCCUUCAGCCUUCCAGUCAGCGGACCGGGGCCCAAUCCUAAAGCCAGAGUUUCUGGAUAUGUCCCCACCCAUCCUCCUGUGACCUCACCUCCCCUCACCUCCCGGGGCAGGAUGGUGGGGAAUGGGGCCGGUUGGUCCGCCUCAGCCCGCUCCCCAGGCCCUGGGCCAAAAGAGAGUUCAGCGGGGCCGACGGGGGCUGGCACUGCGCCCUCAAUUGGAAAGAAAGUCGAUGGCGGCGCGCACGGAGCGAUUGGUGCUGACGUCGACGGCAGUGACCUUAAUCUCGGUGUCGCCAAACUGCAUAGCAGUGCGGAUCUCGCGGCGGCUAGGGGGCGCGCCGGCGGCAUGGGGGCCUCCCUCGGCGGGCUCGAGCUCUAGACUGAGCGCGCCGCACUUGCGCACGCCUGGGUCGGUGAUGAAGCGCGCGUCCUCGGCGGCGCAGCAGUACAGGUUGAUGAGCACGCGCCGCUGCCCUGGGCGCGCUGGGCAGUAGCUGCGCAGCACCUCCUCGCCCAGGGCCACCGACUGCUCGGCGGCCACGAAGCGCUCGAACACGUCGGUGCACCAGCGGCGGCCGUCGCGAACCAGCAGCUUGUCGGGCGGGUGGCGCCCAGCCACAAAGCGGUUGAGCACGCCCACGCCGUAGGUGAGCGGCGAGCGGCGCACCCGAACGACGCCCGGAGCCUGCCCGAAGAGCACCGCGCCCUUUAGGAUGGUGAGGCCCACGUCGUGCGGAACCACCACGCGGAGGCCGCGGGCACCCAGUGCUGCCUGCACCGCGUGCUGCAGCACGGCCGACUCUGCGAAGCCGCCCACCAGGAACAGCAGCUUCACGCCCUGCACUUCGGGGCGCGCCAGCAGCGCCUCUGCGGUACAGGAGUGAAGGGUGGGGGUAAGGAGGAGGGAGGGGGAGUGGGCCACUGAGGCCACCACUGCGCAGCCACUGGUGCCUCUCCUCUGCCUGCCUGUAUCCUCAGGCAACCAGAAACUAGUCAUUUCACUAUAAAAGGGUAGCCUGGUUUUCAUAAAGAAAAACACCGGGCACUUUCGUGAGGGCCCAUGGCAAUCUUUAUGGGCUCUGCUUCCCCACCACACUGUGGAGGGCUUGAGAUAAGGGUCUGCAUUUACACAUAUUAAAUGCCUACUACGUGCAAGACAUUGCACUCUCUAGAUACUUCAGCUCAUUUAAAUCCCUGUGAUAACAGUUUGGGGGACCUAAUACUAUCACCCCAUUUGGGGAAACAGGCACCAGAGGUUCUUUAACCUGGCAAGACUGCACAUUUUCCCGCCUAUCUCUUAAUCCCCACCACACUGCAUCCUCCAGGUAUUCCAGAUGAUUCUGGGUCUCAUUCCAGUGUGUGGAUAUGGGGAGGUUUCCAGGCACUAACAGGGUAACAUAUUCCCGCAUCUGGGUGUGUAUGUUGAGGUGAAUGAAGGACCCAGGCUCAGGUGCUCACCUAUGUGCUGGAUGAUCCCGCUGACCGUGGGCUGAAAAAGGUCGUUCAUGGCCUCACAAGACAUCCUGAGCAUCCCCUGUGAGGACCACUUCACGAAGUUCACGCUGUAGGUGUUGAAGGAGGCACAGGCCCAUGGGUCAGGGUCCCGGGCGCUACCCCUAUUCCAGGCCGAAGUACCUGGGCACUGACUGCACAUUAUGUGUUGUGCCAGGCAUACUUUCAGGGCUUUAGACGCAGGUCUGUACCAGGUCCAGGCAUGAGGUCCCAGGAGAGGAGCCGCCCUUUGCCUCGAGCAGAGGAACCCAGACCCAUUGGCUAGCGUGUGUGUGUGUGUGUGUGUGUGCGUGUGUGCGUGUGUGUGUGUGUGUGUGCGCGCGCGCGCGCAGGGAAUGGGAAGAGGUAGAUGUUGGCCUUUCUGCAGGCUCAAGAUUCUCGCCCCAGUUUGGGCUGCUGAUUCCAGCUGGGGUACUCAUGCCUCUCCCACUGCCUACACCGGGGCUGGCAUGAUAUGUGCGUGGGAUAGAUAAGGUGGCUCCCCUACUCCCCCCCGGGGCCCACACCUUCCCCUGUAGGUGCGGUCCCCCGGCCCACCUGCUCCUGCGCAGGGCUGUCUCCACGUUGUGGCCUCGCUGCUUGCGGUAGAAGUCAAUAAACGAGAAGGGCAGCGAGAUGUUGAGCGCCCCCGCACGGUGUGGGCCUGCGGUGCGUUUGCGGGCCUCGAAGGCUAUAGUCAGAUCCACCCAGGCUGCUGGGCGUUGCCUUUUGAAGGUGGCGAUGAAGUCCUCGCCGAAGAUGCGGCCCAACAGCUGCUCGAAGGCCAGGUCCACGCCCACCGCGCCACAGGGGCCACCUUGGGUAGGGCAGAGGAGGAAGUGGGGCGUCAGUGCCGACUCCGCCGCCAGGGGGCGUUGGCGGGGCCAGGGCGGUCUGGGUACCAAGGGCGCUGCCUGGCUACUCACCAGAUGCCUUGUAGAGCUCCUUGAGGGUGCCAUGGGGCUGCUCCAGCUGGUGCACGGUAAGGUCCACCGUGCCUCCCCCGCAGUCUGCCACCACGUAGCGGUCUCCUACGGGGGCGAGCGUGAGCACACACUCGUGGCACCUUCAGCUCUGUGCCCUCUGCAGACACACCCAGCCUCCAGCCCUGCCCCAGGUCCUGAGCCCUGUCUGCGGGGCCAUGGGGGUUAGGGUUGAAAGGGGCUUCAGGUGCUUGAGGGUCACCAGGUAGGAGCACAAGGUGUGGGGGAAAAUGGUCCCAGGAUUCUGCAACUCAUCUGCAGAGAAUCCCCCAGGGGAGUGGGGGUUAGGGGCAUGGCUGUGAGUGGGGGUGGGAGUGCAGGUGACUGAGGGGAACUACGAGGUUAGGUACAGCUGAAAGAGUUGGAAGGGGCAGGGUUCCUAGGGGCUAGAGCUGACUUUGGGAAUGUUCCCCCCACCUUCAGUAUACGGUGCCCCACAGGGCCCAAGGAAUAUCCCUCCAUCUCCCCUCCCCCACCUGCUUGCAUCUCAGCCCACAGUUCUCCGACACCCGAUUCCACCAGGAACGUGCGGCUGUGGCGGGACCUUCGAAGCUGCUCUCGGGCUGUGUUUUGAGGGACAGCAGGACAGUGAGGUUAGAAGGGGUGUCUCAGCUACCAUGCUCAAUGCCCCACAUCCUUCCACCAACGCCCUCCAUGAGCAUCUGGAGCAGCCAGUGCUCCUGAAACUCCUGCUCCACUCCUAACUGGGAGAGGGCAAUGCUGAACCCCAGAGGGUCCAGAGAAACUGGAUGGGGUAAUCUUAGGCACUGUAACCAACAGCUAAGGGGGAAUAUUUCUGGCUGCAGGACGUUCCCUUAAUCCAGAAGGGCUCAGGCCAUGGCAAAAUCAGAAUUAAGAAGGUCUGAAGGAGCUGGUGAUGGGGUGGGGGGAGGUCCUGGGACCUCUCCCUGUCAUGGGAGAUGGCAUGUGAGGGGGUGAUGAAGGUUGACCAUAGCUGUCCCAGUUCCUGGUCCUGGCAGCAGGAGCUGGGGGCUGAUGGGGGAGGGGGGAGGACAGCUGAUGUGCCAGGAGGGGAGGGAAAACUGAUUCAGUGGCUGUUUAAGGGGCAGCUCCUGAAGACCUCCACCUUCAGCUCAGAGUACCCUUUGUCAGUACCCAAGCACCUCUCCCCAGGGUAGGCAUCACUCUCCCACUCUCAGAUUCAGGGCUGGGCUGAGUCCUACCAUCCUCUGACAGUGCUACUCUAGGGCAAGGUGUAAUCUUCAGCGCCUGCCUCCAAGGCCACCACUGGGCAGUAUCCCUGGGGGUGGCUCACCCUGACGGAAGCUGGAAUCAAUGGAGCGGCGCUCGCCCAGGCGCCCACUGCCUGGAGCUCGGCUGCUCAGGUCCACGAGCUGGUGCAGACGCAGCUUGCGGCAGUAGACAGAGGCGGCCUCAGGCUCCAGGGCGAUGAGUAAUUGCUCUGCAUCCUCUCUUGACACCAGUCCGGCCUGAGGAUGGGUGGUUAGCAGGGUUGGGGAGCAUCAUGGGCCAAACAUCACACUGAAAUGGCACCUCAGGGCAGGCAACCGGGGGCCUGUGGGGCUCCAAUCUCCUCUGGAUUAUACCCCACCCAUGCUAAGCUUCUGAGGCCCCUCCAUGCUGCACAAAUUUGGAGCUGUCUCACAGCCACCCUGUGACCAGGCUGGGGAGGGGCAUGGCCAUGGCCAAGGAUGCCAUGGUGUUGCCCAGCAGGAAGAGACCUUAGACUGAGUGAAAACCUAGAGCACCUGGGAUCUGCCUCCAGGCUGCCCAAGGUGUCCCUGGGCUGCAGCAAGGUCCCCUUCACAGAUGCUGGGUUGGCCAGCUAAGCACUGGCUGAGGGGGUUAGUGGAGACUCCAACACAAUGUAUUGGGGAGGGUGGGUAUAAUGGCCAGACCAUCAGUCAGAGGGGUGGGGGGGCCCCUUUUGGCUUACUGAACCCUCUUUCUCCACUGGUGAUAGACAGUGGCUAUGGGCCUCCCCACUCUUAGGAGAACUUUGUUCUCAGGGAAUCUGAUAUAGGAGGAAAGAAACUUUAACUGAAAUUUCAGGCGCCAAGGCAAGGCAGUCUGACCA